CAGCCAUCAACGCCACUCUGUAGGGAUCUUACCCGAACUCCGACAGGUAAGCGACAAGCGACAACAUUACCCGAUGUUUGAAGCCGUGUCGAGGAUCCACUUUCGGCUCAUGGCCACGGGACGGGAGUGUUCCGGCUUUCGGCGGGGGUGGAGGGUAAUGGAGCUUGGGAUAUUUACUUACCCGGUUCAUAAACACUUCUCUCACUUCUCAUCAUGAACCUCUGAUCUUUUCUUUUCUCCUUCAUCUUAUCAAUUGGCCUUCCCUCUAACCCCGUAAUCUCUCAUAUACCCCAUAUCCUCUCAUAUAGCUACAAUGUCGGUCCGUCUUCACAAAGGCCUUCAAGGCGUCCUCGCCAAAUCCCCUUCCGACACCGUAAUCCUCUCCGCCGUCCGCACUCCCAUCUGCCGCUCCUACCGCGGCCAGCUCAAAGACGCAUACCCCGAGGAACUCCUCGCCAGCGUCCUCAAAGCCACUCUCAAAGCACAUCCUGAAGCCCCCGUCGACGAUGUAGCAGUCGGCGUGGUGCUCUCCGAGCUAGGCGGCUCAAAGGCGGCGCGCAUGGCUCUCAACCACGUCGGUUUCAAGAACACCACUAGCUUGUACACCGUGAACCGCGCGUGCUCUAGUUCGCUGCAGGCCAUCGCUGCUGUGUCGGCGCAGAUCCAGACGGGCAUGAUUGAUACGGGUAUCGCGGCUGGUAUGGAGAGCAUGACGAGGAAUUACGGAAGCAGAGCUAUUCCUGUGGAUGUGUGGCCGGAGCUGAAGAGCUCGCCUAAUCGUCAUGCUCAAGACUGUAUUAUGCCUAUGGGUUUGACGUCUGAGAAUGUUGCGGAGCGAUAUGGUGUUUCGAGAGCGGACCAGGACGCUAUGGCUGUUGAGUCUCACCGUCGUGCUGCACGUGCGAGAAAGGAGGGGCGCUUUGCGGAGGAGAUUGUACCCGUUGAGACGAGAUUCCAGGAGGUUGAUAAGCAGGGUAACAAGAUUGGCGAGGAGCAGCACAUUACCGUCACUGCUGAUGAUGGUAUUCGUGAGGGCGUUUCCAUUGAGGCGCUGGCGAAGCUCAAGCCUGCGUUCAAGCCAGAUGGUGCUUCAACAGCUGGAAACUCGAGUCAAGUUUCCGACGGUGCUGCCGCUACACUUCUCAUGCGCCGAAGCACAGCCACCGCCCUCGGUCUCCAAGACCGCAUCAUCGGAAAGUUCGUCUCAGCCGUUACAGUUGGUUGCGAUCCCGAUGAGAUGGGUAUCGGUCCCGCCCUCGCCAUCCCCAAGCUUCUCAACCAAGUCGGUCUUCAGACGGAGGAUGUGUCACGGUGGGAGAUCAACGAGGCGUUUGCGAGCCAAGCGCUGCACUGUGUGAGGGAGUUGGGACUUGAGGAUGCGUGGGCGAAGGAGAAGGUUAACCCUGAUGGAGGAGCUAUUGCGCUUGGACAUCCUCUUGGAGCUACGGGUGCUAGAAUGACGAGUACGCUUUUGCAUGGACUUAAGAGGGAUGGUGGUGAGGUUGGUGUUGUGAGUAUGUGUGUUGGAACGGGUAUGGGUAUGGCUGGGUUGUUUGUUCGGGAGUAGAGAUUGAUAUCCGGGGAAAGUAAGGUUUAAAAAGUAGAUUGGGGAGCAAAUAAAAUGGAACAUUGGUUUAUACUUCACUUGAUACUGAGAACGGGAAUGUCGAUUGUGUCCUGAAAGAAGAAAAAGAAUUGUACCAAAGUAGACAUUGCUGUCAAAAAGAUUAAGAUAGUCUCCAGGAUAUAGCCUUACCGGCAAUUUAACAGCCCUUCAUUGCCAAACUAGUGAGAAUAGGGACAUUCUACACAGUCAUGUAUUGUCACUUCACGGGUAUAACACACAAGUGCCAGUAUUUCUUCAUCGGAGCCAAUACUCGUCAUGACUUCUCGAACUUCAGGGUAGUGAUGAUGACGCUUAUUUGUAAAAGGGGGUUUCCGGAACGCCGGUUAUUGAGCUAGUCAUACCAAC